AUGUCAUACAAUCAAUAUCCCCCAAAUCAACCCCCCUACCCCAACUACGGCCCUCCCCAGGGAUAUUCACCUUCACCAUAUCCCCAACAACCAGGUCCUGGAUACGGGCCUCCUCCAGGACCAUAUCAGCAACCUCCGCCCGGACCCUAUCCCCCUCACUCCCCGCCGCCGCUCGGAUACCCUCCUGCAGGUCCCCCGGGCCCCGGAUACCACCAAACACCUCCGCCUCAACCUGUGCAUUCUCCCUAUGGUGGUCCACAACAAACUCAGUAUCCACCUCAUGGAGGGCAGGGCUAUCCGCCGGGUCCCCCGCCUCCUGGGCCAUACGGUGGUCCCGCUGCGCCGUACCCCCCGCAAAACUUCCAAGGCGGUCCGUCCGCAUCUCCUCCCUCGCGCGGCUACAUCCCAGGCCAGGUGGCCCCAGGCGAUUUCCGACGCGAAGCCGAUGCCCUGCGGAAAGCGAUGAAAGGAUUCGGUACCGACGAAAAGGCUUUGAUCCAGGUGCUUGCUCCGCUCGACCCGCUGCAGAUGGCCGCAGUCCGCUCUACCUACGCCAACCACAUCAACCGCGAUCUCUACAAAGAUGUCAAGUCCGAGACGAGUGGAUACUUCCGGCAGGGGUUGUUGGCUAUUAUCGAUGGACCGCUCAUGCACGACGUGGCGUCGGUGCGGGAUGCGGUCGAGGGGGUCGGGACAAAAGAGUGGCUCCUCAAUGACGUGCUCCUCGGUCGGUCCAACGCCGACCUGUCUGCCAUCAUGGCAGCCUACGAGGCUACGUACCGCCGUUCGCUCAAGAAGGACGUGGAGGGGGAUCUAUCUUUCAAGACGCGCAGUCUGUUCGGCCUGGUCCUCCGCGCCGACCGUCAAGAGGACACCCUCAUGGUCGAUCAGCGCAGGAUCGAACUCGAAGCCCGAAACAUUCAAAGUGCGACUUCUGGUCUUAUGAAAAAUGCUGAGGAAGUCUGUGCCAUCUUCGCGCGAUCCUCCGAUAAUGAGCUCCGCGCGAUCAACAACGAGUUUAAUAGGCGUUACCACCUUCCUCUAGAGAAACACAUCGAGAAAGAAUUCUCCGGCCAUAUGAAGGAUGCGCUGUUGCAUAUGCUGCGCACAGCCCUGUGUCCGGCCAUGCGCGACGCGGAACUGCUGGAAGAAUGCAUGAAGGGCAUGGGCACGAAGGACGAGAAGCUGGUGGUGCGCGUUGUGCGUGUCCACUGGAACCGGGGGCACAAGGACCAGGUCAAGGCCGCCUAUCUUCAGAAGUACGAUAAGGACUUGAUCCAGCGGGUGCGCGGCGAGACGAGUGGGGAUUAUCAGCGGUUGAUGGUCGCAUUAUUAGAGUAA